CCUAAAGGACACAUACGUGAUUCCGUGGUGUUAGUGAGCAAUUUUGCAUCAUCACAGAGCUGGCUUGUGCUUUUCUUGUUCAGUAUGAUAACAUUUUCCAUCAUCAGAAAUGUUUCAUCUUCAAAUAUUUACUGUUGUUUGUAUUACCAUACUGCCUAGCAGCCUCAGUCAUGAACCAAGACCCCAUUGCGCUGGGCCCUGUACAAACACAGAAGAAAAAGACCGUUCCUACCCUAGAGAGUUUAUAAACUAAGAUGACACCAUGGAUGGAUGCAGAUAAAUGGAGUACCAGGAAACAAAGGGAACAAUAUCAGUCAUUAUGAUAGGUUGUGAUCUCAGCUGCCUAGCUGUUAAGUUUUUUUGUAGGAAUCAAAGAACAGCAGAAUUCCAAUGAGAGUUUUGAAAGAGAAUAAUGAGGUAGCUUUGCAGAGGCUUAUGGGGCAGUCUUCCCAAGCAUGAGGGCAGCAUGGGAGAAAGCACAAAGGUGAUUGUUUGAAAAUGUAACAAAUGGGUGAUGGAGGCUCUCAUCAUGGGCCUAUGGGACGCAGAGGUUGACACCUUACUAGCGAAUAAGAUGAUAGGGAGGGUGGGAAUAGGCCAUGAAGGAAAGGCCUUGAAAGUAAAGACAAGUAUCUUUUAUGUUUAACAAGACAGAAAAGGAGGAGCCAGUGGAGGGAUGCAAAGAGAGGUGUGAGAUGACUGAGAUCAGAUGGGACAUCAUCAGUGUUGAUGAACUGGAAGUUAUGGAAAGGCCAAGUGACAGGGUGUGGGGAGGAGGGUUGAUGGGCGAUGCUGAAAGAGCCCAGAUGAUGGCCGAGAGUGGAACUCAGUAAGAAGGGAUCAGAGAGCAGUGCUUGGUGAAGCUCAAGUCAAAUGAAUGGUCCUUUUUGGUGACUGGGAGAGUUGAACCAGGCCUGCAGGUUAAAGAAGGAGUUGAGAGUGAGGGGUUGGAGGAUGACUGUGGGAGAUUGAGGAGAGAGAGAAAGACAGGAGUCAAAAUCAGAGAGGAAGCCGGAUGGGAAGGAGUUGGGUGGAUGGUAGAUGACAGGAGUUGAGAGCUGGUGAGAAGUGUAAAAGGUGACAAGGAGGGGGAAAUGGAGCCAGUGAGGGGGAAGAAAGAGCACAGGUGUUAGGAUACAGACAGAGGGUGUGGGAAGAGCCAUGGGGGAGUGGCAGAUGGACAAGAUUUGGUGGGGCGCAUUUGAAAAAUGCUGUGAAGGUAAGUGUGGAGACACCAGGAUAGGAAAGGCUCCCUGGUGCUUGUAGCAGCUCCCCAGGUCAGGAAGCCACAUUGGGUUGUCCCAGAGAGGGGAGGAAAGUGGCCGGGCUGCACCACUGGGAGGAUCUGGGCAGGACUCGGGGUAGAGGGAGACACAAGGUCAGGAGCUGCAGUUGAACAACAAAUAUACAUCCCAUAAUUGGUGAGAAGGAAAAGACCAGGUAUCUACAAAAGCAUUGAACUUUGCCACGUAGAAACUUGAUCCAAGGAUAUAGUCUCCUUGGCUCAGCAUUAAAAUAUUUUGUACAUUUAAACAACUUAAACUAGCGCACAACCUAUGAAUUCUAUCUUCUACUCGUGUCUGGAGCACUUCAUUAAUAGUUCUUAUAUUUGGGUACUGAUGGAGCAUUUUGAAGGAAGAAAUAUGUAGAAUUUAAAAAAAAACAAACCUAAAUGAAUUUGGACAGUUAAUAAUGCAGUUACACUGUGUCUAAAGCAUCUCUGAUUAUACUGCAACAAAUACCUGGUAUUGGUGCAUUGAUAGGCCAAGUUUUGAAAAAAAAGGAGACUAGCGCUCUAGGAGCACAGUUGUGAGGCUUCAUUUGUGUGUAUAACUGCUUUGAAUAGGGUGCACGUUUAGAUGGCUAAAUACGUAUUUGCAUGUGUAAAUGCAUGAUUUGCAUGUGCUAUUGCACUAACUGAACGAGGAAAUAUAAUACAGUUUUGAAUGCCUCCCGUAUUGAAAUGUUGGUUAUUUAGUGCUAAAUUUUAUCAAACUGAUCUGUGUGAUAUUAAAGAAAAAUAUGUAACUUGAUUUAGGGAUUUUUUUAUGCAGUAAGAGCUCAUGGCCCUUUUUAAAGGCCAAAAAAAAAAAGACAGGUUCCUGCCCUGAGGAACUUACCAUUUAAAUCAGACAGACUACAGUGAAGUAUGAUAGUUAACAAAAGAUCCCAGAGAUGGUAUGGCAGAAUAAGUGGUAUGAUGGUGAAAGAUGAGAUGUGCUCAUUAUGCAUGCAUCUUGCUGGAACGUGGUGUGGAACGUGCCUAGAAGUCCAUGCAAGAGGAGGGGGUAACACGAUUGGGGCUGGAGGAAAGGAAGAUGACUUCAGUCGCAACAUGUUGGAUAGACAUGAGCAAUGCAAGUGAGAACAGGAGAGGCCAGAGAGGAAGUGGUUGCAGUAGCCAAGAUGAUAUGAUCAAGGCAUGGAGUGAGGCUUUGAUGGUGGGGAUGACUAGAAAGGGGCAGAUUUUUGGAGGUACAGUAUUAUAAAGGAAGAACCAACAGGAUUUAAUAACAGUAUAGAUGCUGGGGCAGAAAAAGAUGAUAGAAAAGACUGAGAUGUCCCCAGGUUGGGAGGGUGGUGGAAUAAUUGAUAGUGAUAGAGAAGGAAGACUUCAGGGGAAGUGAACAGAUAAGAAAUUAAUUUUCACCAUGUUAUGCAUGAGUUGGCAGCUGGCCAUGAAGGAAGAGAUGUUGGGUAUUCAGUUGCCAAUAUAGGACUGAACAGGGGUUCCUAGUGAUCUUAUUAAGGUACCCAGAACUUGUAUUUACAAUUAUUGGUUUGUUUCUGAGAUUGUAAACUCUUCAGGGCAGGGACUGAGUUUUCUUUUGAGUUUGUACAAUCUCUGCUACAAUGGGUCCUCAAUCCCAAUGGUGCUUUUGAAUGCAAUUUAAAUUAAUAAUUAAUAGAGAUGGUUCUUUCUUCACAUUGUCCUUCCUUGGCUUUUGUUGCCCUUCUCAUUUGAUUCUCCUUCUUCUAACUGUUUUUUCCUUUCAAAAUGCAGCUGCUAAAAUUACCUUCCUUGCAUGUUGAUUAGACCAUGUCAUUCCAAGUUGCCCUCUGUAUCAAGUUAAAAUUUCCCACCCAGGCCUUCAAGGCCCUGCACAAACCUACCUCUGUCUCCUUCUUGGAUCUGGUUUCUUUCUGCUGCCCUCUCACCUCUUCAUUCUUUUAGCAACAUCAGCUCACUGCUUGCUUCAACUUUUCUCCUAUUCCUGUCUUUGUACCUUUCUCCAUGUUCUUUAUGCAUAGAAAAAUCUCCCAGUCCCAAUGAAUCAGGCCCCCCUGGGUCCAUAAGCACUAAUCUGUGUCACCCUCACCAAAACUCUAUAUUAUACAAGAGGAGAUUUUUUUUCCUCUUGUUUUUUCAGUGUGUCUCACCUCUGUGACUUCCUGUAGAGUGUAGACUACUCUGGGCAGGGACUGUCCUGUAUAGCACCCCCUGCAUAAGGGUGCUUAUGAAAUAGUAAAAACAACACAAUAAGAACAGAAGAGGAUGGGUUGGGUGCUGAAGGAAAAAGACAGAUCUCCAAGGGAAAGUGAGGGGAUUUGGGAGACGAAGGGAGGACGAUUCACUGAGGGAAAUGGUGAAAGAACAAUUCAAAAGGCAGGAGAACCAAUCAAGUGCAAGGAGGAGGGAGUGGUUGACUCUGCCAAAGGCAGAAGAUGGAGUAAGGAGUCUGAGGAGUGAAAAGAGGCCCUUGGACUUGGCUGGAAGCAGAUCAGUAAUGACCUUUAGUCAGAGUGGUCUCAGUAGAGUAGAGUGGAGUGGGCUGAAGCCAGAUUGCAGAGGAUCCAGGGGAGAGCAAGUUAGAGAAGAGAACACUGAGGAAGCAGGCAUAGCCAGCACACUCAGCGCUUGGAUGUAAAGGCGAGGAGGAAGAUGGGACGGUAGCAGGAGAGGCAAAAGCCAUCAAGGAUUGAAGUGGAUCGAGGAACGAAUGGAUGACUAAGUAUUCAUAUGAAGAGGAAAGCCAUAAAAAAGAGGAGAGGAACCUGUGCGUAAGGCAAAACCUGAAAGAGGAGCAAGUGCAAGACAUCAACGCCUUUGAGAACAGAAUGUUAAUGCUUGAUGGGAUGCCGGCAGUCAGAGUCAAAACAGAACUGUUGGAAUCUGAACAAGGAUCUCCAAACGUCCACAACUAUCCAGACAUGGAAGCUGUACCCUUGUUGUUAAAUAACAUGAAGGCAGAUCCCCCAGAGGAUUCAUUAUCUACAGACCAUUUCCAAACACAAACGGAACCAGUGGACUUGUCAAUAAACAAAGCCAGGUCAUCCCCUAUAGCAGCCUCAUCUUCACCGGUUUCCAUGACAGCAUCAGCCUCCUCUCCUUCUUCUACUUCAACUUCUUCUUCUUCUAGUCGGCCAGCUUCCUCCCCUACGGUAAUAACAUCAGUAUCUUCAGCGGCAUCUGUGCCAUCAGUAUUAACUCCAGGCCCUCUUGUGGCCUCUGCAUCUGGUGUUGGAGGCCAGCAGUUUUUGCACAUAAUCCAUCCAGUACCACCUUCAAGCCCCAUGAACUUACAGUCCAACAAAGUGAGUCAUGUGCACCGCAUUCCAGUGGUAGUGCAGUCGGUACCUGUAGUCUACACAGCUGUGAGAUCACCUGGAAAUAUGAACAACACUAUAGUAGUACCGCUGUUGGAGGAUGGGAGAAGCCAUGUUAAAGCACAAAUGGACCCCCGAGGCAUAUCUCCCAGACAAAUUAAAAGUGACAGUGAUGAUGAUGACCUGCCAAAUGUGACCUUAGAUAGUGUUAAUGAAACUGGAUCCACGGCCCUCUCCAUAGCCAGAGCUGUACAAGAAGAGAGCAUGUGGGGCUGUGCCAGGUCAGCUGUUAACACUUUUCGUUUUUUCAACUCCAGGAUUGUACAUUUCACUUAUGCUCAGAAUCAUCAGAGUUCAAUUUCACCAUUCAGUAUUGAGAGCACAAGGCGCCAGAGAAGGUCUGAGUCCCCAGACUCCAGGAAGCGGCGCAUCCAUAGGUGUGAUUUUGAAGGAUGCAACAAAGUAUACACAAAAAGUUCUCAUCUGAAGGCUCACCGGCGGACACACACAGGAGAAAAACCAUACAAAUGUACCUGGGAAGGGUGCACCUGGAAGUUUGCUCGCUCAGAUGAACUGACAAGGCACUAUCGCAAGCACACAGGAGUGAAGCCAUUCAAGUGUGCAGACUGUGACCGCAGCUUUUCCCGUUCAGAUCACUUGGCACUGCACCGCCGUAGGCACAUGCUGGUGUGAGAAACGCUACUUGUUAAGUAGAGUAUAAGAGCUGGGUCUCUUAACUACGUGCAUUCAGCAGGGCUGAAUCCUCUUCUACAGUGUUAACACAAAGGACAUUCCAUGAUGUCCAUAACAAAAAAGCAGGAAAAGAAGUGCCACUCUUCUCCUUUCCAUCUGAAGUUAAAGCCCCCCAGCAUGGCAACCCCCCAAAAUGUCAUCAUGUUCACCUGGGAGAUAGCAACCUAAAUGCUACAAAAAUGGGCAUUAUUUUCCAUACUGUGUCCUUUAUCAACAUUUAUGGCCGGUACAUUUUCUCAGCUGUUGGACAUUUUAUUCUUGAGAAUUAUUGCUAUUUUGAUGAUCAGAUAACACAAACCAAUGAAAAAAACAAGACCUCUAGACCUUUAGUAUUCCAUUGUCUCCCCCUUUUUUGAGUAUCGUCUAAUCAGUAUAUAAAAUAUACCUGAUCUGUGCUACAAACAAGCUGCAUGAAAGUCAGUGAGAAGAUUUUGCUGGAGAAGUUCCACUGUCUGAAGUGUAGUGGCACUUAAGCAAACUUUUACAAUAAUGAUGGUGGCGUUUUACUAUUUCACCACAGUUUGUCAUUAUGACCUAAAGGACACCAAACAUGUAACCUUUUCUUUUUCUUAGAUUUUUUUUUGUUGAAGUCUGUAAAACAAAAUGGGGUAGCAGCAUUUCAGCUGAAGUACAGUAUAAGCAUCUGUGCUCUGCUGUGGAUUUGUUUAGAACAGUUUGUAUAGAAAGACCCCAUCUACAAGCUACUGCCCUGUUUUCAAAGUGCAGUUUUUUGUCACCCAGGCAUCCUCCCCGUCUACAUACAUGUAUUUGAUUACAAGGAAACAGUGAAACAUAUCUUAUAUCCACUUGCACCAAGAUUAGUGGCGUGGCCAUCCAUAAAAUGGAAUUGAAUGUACCACUGCUAGUGAGGAAAAGCAGAAAAGAAACAGCUGCAUCUCAAACAGGUGAAAGCAAUAAUGAAUGAAAUGGCUUUCAAGACAAAAAACAUAAUGAGGACUUGCAAAACCCAAUCUUUGUACCAACUAAGGUGGCCAUAAAGAACUAGCACAUUGGAUUUUUUGUGUUAUGUUGACAGCUUACGCUAUUCUUUCUGAUAUGUGUUGGCCUGCUAAGUACCACAGUUAUUUUCAUUCCCAUCAAAUAUAAUAGUUAUUUUGUGGCUGGAAAGAUGAGAUAGGUGAGGGGGUUGGGAAACCCCCAUGUUAAUGGGUUAAUAGAGUAGAAAAGAUGUUCUCUGAAAGAGAUGAUCCACAGGGUGCUAGUUUCCUCACUUGGAAGUACAGGAUAAGGAGACAUUAGUCAACCCUCCAGUAUGCUAUAAAUAACCCUUCACAUAGGAUCCAGAGGUUGCCGCUGCAGGCAUCUUCCACCCAAACCUCCUUAGUUUACAUGAAUGCAAAUUGUUUAUCCUUCCCAUGCAGCCCCAUAAUUGUGAACCAAUUUGUAUUAAUUAAAUUGUAUGGUAAAGAGAGGAGAAACUCUUAGCAAGCAAUUGUUCUUUAAAACAGAACAGGGUUUUUUUUCUUCUUCGUGAGGAUCUGUUAUUCAGCUCAAAGUGACAAAGAGCCUUGGUGAAAUGUUGUGUUUGUUGAGAUGUUUAUAGUUCGGAGAUAAAAAGUAAACACAUAACAUCUUCUGCAGUACGUUUAAUUAUGAACACUUGGUUCCAGGAACUGCACAAAUUAAAUUCAUGAUGCCACUUGAUGCCAUGAUGUUUGACCAGUCUGAAUUAACUUCUGAUUCCUGAAAUAACAAUUAUUAUGUUAUAGGGCUUCUUAAAUCAAAACAAUCUUUAGAAAAAUUCAACCAGCAGCUGAGGAAGGCAUAACUAAACACUAAAACAAGUGCAAAUAAUUGAAGAAUAACGUUAAAGGGACACUACUGUAUAAAGAUUGGCAGGCCCAAAGUUUGAUCAUCCCUAAAUACAUUUGUAAAUGUUCUCCUGAUACUGAACAAUUGAUCAGCUCUCCAAAUAAUGGCAUCAAAAGGGUUCAACUCCUGCUCCCCAACUAAAAGAGCAGCACCAAAAAAAAAGUCUUUGUUGUCACUGCAUGAGCUUGCCUCUUCCACUUAUCGUUUCCUGUCCUAUUCUCAUGAUCAGGUAGGUUAUCCAAAUCCAAAAGAAACAUUUCGAUAUCUAGUAUCAGAGGGGUAGCCAUGUUAGUCUGAAUCUGUAAAAUCUGUAAAAAGCAACAGAGGGUCCUGUGGCACCUUUAAGACUAACCGAAGUAUUGGGAGCAUAAGCUUU